GGGCCGAGCCGCCGCGCGCCCGAGCCCCCAGCCCCGAGCCCGGAGCGCGCCGGCGCCAUGGAGACGGCGCUGCUGGGCUUCUGCAACUGGAGCACGCUGUGCGCGUGCGCGGCGCUCAAGCUGCCGCAGAUCUCGGCCGUGCUGGCGGCGCGCAGCGCGCGGGGCCUCAGCCUCCCGAGCUUGCUGCUGGAGCUGGCGGGGUUCCUGGUGUUUCUCCGGUACCAGUGUUACUACGAGUACCCGCUGCUGACCUACCUGGAGUACCCCAUUCUCAUCGCACAAGAUCUCAUCCUCCUGCUCUGCAUCUUCCAUUUCAAGGGGAACGUGAAACGGGCAGCUCCGUAUGUCGCCCUAUUUGUGACGUUGUGGUUCGUCCUCACCCUGCAGAAGUGGAUCAUAGAUCUGGCCAUAAAUUUAUGUACUUUCAUCAGUGCGGCCAGUAAGUUUGCUCAGCUCCAGGACCUGUGGAAGACCAGGGACUCGGGAGUUGUGAGUGCUCUGACUUGCAGCCUCGCUUCAUACACCUGUGCGACAAGAAUAAUAACAACUCUAAUGACCACCAACGAUCUUACAAUUCUUACACGUUUUGUGAUCAUGCUGGCUUUAAAUAUGUGGGUAACAGCUACAGUACUUCGCUACCGGAAGACUGCUGUAAAGGCUGAAUGAUGGAUCCGUUAUUCCUACACACAAAGUGGAUUUUGAAUUAACUGAACCAAAGGGAAAAAUGCUCCUUGCUAAAUCAAGGUCCUUUAUAAGUUUAGCCAAUUGUUUCAGAAACCUGGAAGCCAAAGGUGUUUUAGACUUGAAAGAACCACAUAAACACUUGGUCAGAAAUGUCACUUUCCCUCCUUCCCCCACUGUAUCAGGUUAAGGUAGGGCUCAGACAGCUGUAGUUUUGAGAAGGCUGGUGACUGAUGGACACCAUCCAAGAAGCCCAUUUUGAGGAGACCACUUUGACCCUUACUCUUCAAGUCAUGAUAAGUUCUCUCUCAAGAGCUAACCACAUCUAUUUUUCAACUUUCAGAAUCUUUUAAGAAAUAAAUCCUCUCCACAGCACAAAUGAACAUGACUGGAGUGGGAUUUUGCUCAGUCAGAAAUAUAAUUGUAAUAACUAGGGUGGACUUUGUGGGACUAAUGUUUAAUUGUAACAGAUAUAGCAGGAUGGCCUCACUGUGUCAUAGUACAGUAUAAUACCUCCUUAGGCUAUAUACAGCAAGGAUAUCAAGGCAAGCAAAAAUGUAAUUGGCUUGACUUUAUAUACCAAAGUAGUCCUUUAGCCUCAUACUGUGCCUUUAAAGUAAUUCCUAACAAAAGGUGCUAUUAGCUGCAGUCUCUACUUAGGAUGAGGCAAUCCAGUGAACUUUCUGAUUCAAGCAUAGUGCUGCCAUUUUUAAACGGGCCACACUUAUACUAUUAUUGGAAUUUGGGACAAAAUACAGCUGACCUCGACUGGGUUUGGUCUGUGGAAAACAUUGAUGGUUCUGCCAAGUUCUUAGGGAUUUUAUUCUCAUUGUAGUAUCAUAUUCUAAACAUGAUGUUAAGAUGAUUGUACACUGUAUUUUCCUGUAAAAGUUUAUAAACCCUAACAUUUAAAAACUCUCUUUCCCCUUAUAAUUGAAUGCCAUUAUUCUGUUACAUGCAGGAAGUAAAUGAUGUUUAUUAGAAAAUGUUUUAGUUUCCUAUGUAAAAUAAACUUUCAUAUUUUGAACUCUG